AAACCCCACUUUGUGUGUGUGUGUGUGUGUGUCGGCGUCCAAAAACUUCCACCAUGAGCGGUCGAGGAGGCGACGCGCCGCUGCCGAAUGGCGGGGAGUUCCUCCUCCAACUACUGCGUAAUAACCAAUCCGAUUCCGCACAUCCUAUUUUCCCGCCACCGCCUCACCACCACCAGACUUUCUCGCAGGACCCUGCCGUCGCCGCGGUCGGCCCCACAAUCCCCACCUUUCCUCCGCCGCCGCACGCCGCCUUCCCUCCCUCGAACGGCGCCGAUUUCGCCUUCCCUCCGUGGAGCCACCUCCCGCCCCUGCCUUUCGCUCAGCACAAUUACUUCCAGCAAAACCCUAAUCCGAACCCUAAUUUCUCCGCGCCGUCUCGCCCAUCUCAAUUCGAUCUUCAGCUGAGGCGCGUCUCGCCGGGCGAUGGAGCGAGGAAUCUAGGGCUCUACGGGGAUAAUUCGAAGCCAAGCGCGCCGAAUCUGAUAUUUGGGUCUCUGAAUGAGGACGUUCUGAAAAAUGGUGCCGUCAAUGAUUUAGAGCCGUCCUUUUAUAGAGCGGCUGAGAAUAGGUUUCCGCAGAGUUCAAUUGAGGCGAAUAGUAAUGUAUUGAGAGCUCAGGCGCUAGAAAGGAGCAGGAAUAGUAAUGACAGGCUGCAGCAGGGAGAUUCUGGAAGGGUGGCGGCUCCUCCUCCCGGUUUUUCGAGUAAUUUCAAAAAUGUGAGGCCGAUGGAGCAUGGUUAUGGGAGGAGGGCUCUUGAUCUGAAUGGGGAUAAGGGUAAGGGUAAUGCUGCUCAUUCCUAUAAGACUGAUAGGUUAAUCAAUCAGCUCGAUUCGCCUGGUUUGCCAGCGGGCAGCAGCCUCCACUCUGCCUCGAAUUUCGAUAUCGAGGAGUCUAUGAAGCAACGCAGUGCUGGGGAUGGUGAAGAAUCUAGACACAGUGGGGAGGAUAAGGCUAACAACGAUGGUUCUGAGAUAGAGGUUUUGGAGGAUCUAGUGGAUUCUUUAGGAAUUGAAGAUCAAUCCAGUGAGAAGAAUGGUAAAAAGAAGCAUAUCCGUGACAAGGAUUAUCGAUCUGAUGACAGAGGAAAGUGGAUAAUGCCACAGAGAGUGAGGAUUCAGAAAAGGCAUACAACCUGUCGAAAUGACAUAAACAUGCUUAAUGCUCCACUUUUGGCAUUGUUUGAAUCUUUGAUCCCAUCUGAUGAAGAAAAGCUGAAGCAAAAUCAAUUGAUAGCUCUAUUGGAGAGCCUUGUUUGCAAAGAGUGGCCUAAUGCCCGCUUGUUCCUUUAUGGAUCAUGUGCCAACUCAUUUGGUUUUCCAAAAAGUGAUGUUGAUGUUUGCCUUCAAAUGGAUCUUGGGGAUUUUGAAAAGUCUGAGGUCUUGCUAAAGCUGGCAAAAAUAUUCGAGUCAGGCAAUCUGCAGAAUGUACAGGCACUUACACGUGCCAGAGUUCCUAUAGUGAAGCUCAUGGAACCAGUCACGGGUUUAUCCUGUGACAUUUGUAUAAACAACGUGCUGGCUGUUGUAAAUACUAAGCUGCUUUAUGAUUAUGCGCGGAUAGAUAUAAGACUUCGUCAGUUGGCAUUCAUUGUGAAACACUGGGCUAAAUCACGAGGAGUCAAUGUGACUUACCAAGGAACACUCUCGAGUUAUGCGUAUGUGUUGAUGUGCAUUCAUUUCUUACAACAGCGCAGACCUUCCAUUCUUCCAUGCUUGCAGAGAAUGCAGGUUACACAUUCUGUAAAAGUGGAGGACGUGGAAUGUGCAUAUUUUGACAAAGUGGAGAAGCUUCAAAAUUUCGGGGCACAGAAUCGGGAAAGUGUUGCUCAGCUAGUAUGGGGCUUUUUCCAUUACUGGGCUUAUUGUCAUGAUUAUGCAAAUGAUGUUAUAUCAGUUCGCACAGGAAGCAUGAUCAGCAAGAGAGACAAGGACUGGACUAGGAGGGUUGGGAACGACCGUCACUUGAUAUGCAUUGAGGAUCCAUUUGAGGUGUCUCAUGAUCUCGGCAGGGUGGUGGACAAACACAGUAUUAGGGUCCUGCGCGAGGAGUUCGAACGUGCUGCAGAAAUCAUGCAAUACAAUCCUAAUCCUUGUGUAACUUUGUUUGAGCCUUAUAAUCCUAACUAGUGUGCUAUUGUUUUGUAGAAUUUGCUUUAGUUUAUGGUUCAGUUAAGUUGUAAAUUCCUUAUCUUCAGAUAUCCUCAUAUUUAUGAGGUGCAGUAUCUAAGCUUAUUUAUUCCUUUUGUCAGUGGACCUUAGAAAUGUAUGCUUUCCUCCUGUAUGUAUAUCAUGCAUUUUUUGUCA